AUGACAGGAUUUGUUAGUUUAGGGUUCCCAGGCACACAUAUUGUGAAGCCACCUAAAUUUCUAGCACCCAUGCCGCCAAGUCCUUUCAAUUGCAGUUACUUGAGUCUGUUUUACGAAAAAACUAUGAGCGUUGCAUUUCCAUUAACUGUUGCAACUGUAUACUUCACUUCAGUUCACUAUCUUAAUACAGUGGUCAGAAGUAGGCAAUUGAAAAAGGCCGGCAAAACUAAAGAUACUUUGACAGAGGUCGAACUCAAGAAGUUACCUGCUGCACCACUUGCGUGCACUAAAACAGUUUUGUUUAAGCUCUUCGUAAUGAUCCACAACUUGUUUUUAUGCUUAUACUCAGUCUGGACAUUGUUGGGAAUGUGUUCUUCCAUGCGCAGAACUAUGAAAGAAAUCUCACAAAUUCUUCCGUCGAAUGGUAAGGUAGGUACUUUCUUUGAGGCUGCUUGCGAUUUGCAAUAUGGGUUUUUUGCAAAAAACUCUACAUUUUACCGCUUACAGAUGUAUGGAUGGUGGUUCUACGUCUCCAAGUUUUAUGAGGUUGUCGACACUAUAAUCAUUUUACUUAAAGGAAAACCUUCCAGUUUGUUGCAAAGUUACCACCAUGCUGGUGCAAUGAUGUGCAUGUGGGCAGGCGUAAGGUUCCAGUCUCCGCCGAUCUGGAUUUUUGUGGUGUUUAAUUCCUUUAUCCACUCAUUAAUGUACCUUUACUUCUUCUUAUCUAGUCUCAAGAUCAGAGUACCUAAUUCUUUUAAAAGGACUUUAACAUUGAUGCAAAUCACUCAAUUUGUUGCAGGGGGUUCUCUUGCUGUGUUGCAUGCAUUUAUAUGGUAUACCGACAUUUCCACGAACAGCUCUGUCAAUUGCCUUACAACUGCCGAACAAGCACUUCCAUUAUACAUUAAUGUUGCCUACCUAACACCUUUGACUGGUUUGUUUGCCGCAUUCUAUAUUGACAGUUAUCUUAAGAGAACUGCGCGUAAAUGA